AUGAAAAAUGCUGUCAAAAACAUUGCUUUGUGUUUAUUCAUCUUUUUGAAUCUUUUCCCGUGUUCAUACAAUUCGUACAAGAUUGAUAAUAUAAGAAUUAAAAACCCACAAUUCAGCGAUGUUUUGGAAAGGACAGUGAAAAAAAUUAAUAAAUACAUUGAAGAUAACAAUGAUAAUUAUGAUAUAUGUAAAUACAAAAAAAUUCCGAGGAUUUUAAUAGAAAGGAAUAAACUGAAAGAUAAUAAAAAAACAAAAUAUAUAGUUGGUAUAGAAAACACUUGUGAUGAUACUUGUAUUUGUAUAAUUGAUUCUAACCUUAACAUAAUUAAAAAUAUUAUCAUUUCCCAUUUCAAAGUUGUUCAUAAGUACGAAGGUGUGUAUCCAUUUUUCAUUAGCUCAAUUAAUAACCUGUUCUUAAAGCCCUAUGUGCAGAAGGCUUUGGAGGGAAUUGAUACGAAGAAAAUUCACUGCUUUGGUUUGAGCGUGUGUCCAGGUAUAGCAAAAAAUAUGGACGUAGCAAAAAAUUAUAUAGGGGAGAUACAAAAUAAAAUGGAUAAUAUAAAAAUAAGCUCCGUAAAUCAUAUAUUUGCACACAUCCUUUCACCAUUAUUUCUAAAUUUUUAUGACGAUAAAAAAACGUUCACAAAUAAUAGCGAGUACAGAAAGGAAUAUAUAAAUAGUUGCAUAAAUCAAAGCCUUAUUAAUUGGAAUGUCCAAGAUACUAUAAAAAAGGAUAAGGAGCAAAUGGACAAAGUAAAAGGUAUUCUACAAGUUUUAAACAGUAAUAAUGUAACUAGACAGAAGUUGAAAGUUUUGAGCGCGGAAGAAUUUUUGAAUUAUGGAUCUUAUGUUAUAAAAAAGGAGGACGAAAAGGAAGAAGUUGAAGAUGAGGAUGCACGAGUAGACAUAGGAGAAGACAGGAAGAACAUAAGCGAAAUAAAGACAAAUGACAAUUUAAAGAACGUGCAAAGAGGGGGGUACUUAACAGAUGGAUAUGUUUGUAUUUUAGUUUCAGGGGGUAGCACGCAAGUGUACAUGAUUCGAAAAAAUAAAAAAAAUGAUAUUAACGUCAGCAAAAUAUCACAAACAGUUGAUAUAUCUAUAGGAGAUAUAAUUGAUAAAAUUGCAAGAUAUCUUCAACUACCUGUGGGUUUAGGGGGAGGUCCCUUUCUUGAAAAGAAAUCAGAAGAAUUUAUUUCAGAAUUAAAAAAACAAAAAAUUAAUGAAGAAGCUUGUAAAGAUCCUUUUCAGCCUUUUCCUUUACCGUUCUCUUCUAACAACAUAGUUGAUUUUUCCUUUUCAGGCAUUUUUAACCACAUGAAAAAAAUUAUAAUCGAGCUAAAAAAAGAAGAAUCAUUUGAAAAAGAAAAAGACAGAUAUGCAUAUUUCUGCCAGAAAAACAUAUUUAAGCAUUUAUUGAAACAGAUUAAUAAAAUAAUGUAUUUUUGUGAGCUUCAUUUUAAUAUAAAAAACUUAUGCAUAGUAGGUGGGGUAGGAUGUAACAAUUUUUUGUUUGAAAGUUUAAAAAAUAUGGCUUUAAGUAGAAGUAAAACCGAAAAUCAGAUAAAAGAAUAUAGAAAAUUGAAAAAAAGAUUAAAAAAAAAGGUAAACAAAAUUGAAGACAUAAAUUAUUUGAAUUCAAAAAUGUCAAAAAAUAUAAUACGUAAUGAAAAUGCGAUAAGCUCAUCUGAAGCUUGGGAUAUUUAUUUAAAAUAUCUCUUAAAAAAAAAAACAAAGGACAGUAUUUUAUCAUCCUUAAAAUUAUUAAAUUUUGAAGAAUUUUCGGAGCUAAAGGAAAAAGGGUAUUUUCUUUUUGAAAGGGAUAUUUUCAUAACUCCAAAUUCAUCCUCGUGGAGUGUGUACAAGACCCCCACAAAUCUUAGCAGAGACAAUGCAGCUAUGAUUUGUUUUAGCACCUUUCUGAAUCUGCAUAAUAACGUCAAUAUUCAUGAAGACCCAUCUGAAAUUAAAAUUAAGUCAACAGUGAAAACAAAGCUGGAAAAUAAUUUCCUUCUCUUUUCGGAUAUCAUUGUUUUUGAUGUAUUUUUGGAGUAUCUUAAUAAUAAAAAAAAUUAA